AUGAAUCUGGAUCCAUCACAUCACCUCUCACUGCUCCUCCUGCUUUUUGUAAACCUAACAGUAACACAACUGAUCUUAUCACAGAGGGCUCACCUGAUCAAAGUGGUGCUGGGUCAGCACGACAUUAUGAAGGUGGAGGGCUUUGAGCAGGAGUUCGAUGUUUCCUUGGUCGUUAGGCACAACCAGUACAACCCCUGGACAUUUGACAAUGACAUCAUGCUGCUUAAGUUGGAGCGUCCAGCUGUCAUCAAUGCCAUGGUGGAGCCAGUUUCUCUGCCAGAUUCAAACUCACAGUCUUUGGACUACAGGGCCCGAUGCACGGUGAGCGGCUGGGGUGUGACCUGGCUCAACAGCUACAUGUUGUCACCUGUUCUCAGGUCUGUGGAUGUAGACAUCUUCCCCCCCUGCUGGCGCUACUACUACUUCAGGACCACGCAGAACAUGGUGUGUGCCGGCUCUGUCUCUGGAGGGAAAGACUCCUGUCAGGGUGACUCAGGAGGACCUCUUGUUUGUGAUGGUAAGUUUGAGGGUAUUGUGUCAUGGGGCAUAGGCUGUGCCUUUGCUAACUACCCCGGUGUCUACACCAAGGUCAGGAACUACCUGGGCUGGAUCAACAGUGUCACUCAGACAAACAAAAGGAAAUGA